AUAUACACUUGCAUCUUACUCAUUUAAUAUAGGAAUUUCUCAUAUAUGUGUAUGUUAACACUCGCAUCUUACUCAUUCGAUAUAGGAAUUUCUCAAAAGCUAUAAGUGAACAUGUGUACUAGCAAUACCACAGAAUGCAUGUCACCACCUUCGUACCAUUUCCACACUCAAAAAACAAAAUCAAAGCAAACCAAGUUUCGUAUGAGGAAUCAGGUUCGAAUACAUAGGCUUAACAGGGUUGAUAAGUUCAUUGAAGAAAAAAUCAAACAAGAGAUGGAGUUGAAGAACUUGAAGUUGUACAUGGAGAACAUGAGCAUUUUGGAAGAGAAUGAGAGGCUGAGGAAUAAAGCCACCAUACUUCAUCAAGAAAAUCUUGCUUUAUUAUCUCUUUUGGAGAACAAAAGGCUGUUUAGUACAAGGUCAACCCUCGAGCCCCUAAUGGUGGGAACUGAAGCUUCUUAUCACGUGUGAGAAUAUAAAAACCUAAACUUUGUACUACCCUUCUAUUAGAUGCUACAACAUAAUAAACUCAAAUUUUGAAGGUUGUAUCCCGUGCUUGACAUUUCUACCAUGAGUUUAUUAUCAUAUUAAUUCUUUAAUCUCAAGUCUAAAAGUAAUUUAGAAAGAACGAGAAUCCCAA